AUGAAAAAACAAACAAAUCCGAAUCAAUGGUUUACUCGUUUGCUCUUUAUUUUGUUUUUUGAGAAAGUGAAAAGUCAAUUGGAGGAAAUGUCGAAUGUUGGAAAUAUUGUUCUUGAACAAGAUCCUCGAGAUCAAGAUCCAUUCUAUCGUAAUUAUUAUGCGAGAGCUGAAGGAAUGCCAUUGGCAGCAGUGAAUUCAGUUGUUCACAAUGUGAAACAUAAAACAGAAGGACAAUUCAAGAUAUGGCAUGAACUUCCAUCUCAUAAAGUUCGUCCCGGAUACUCUACAACAACAAGAAAACCAAAAUUUGCAACAACAACAAUUCCAUGGGUACGUGGAAGACAUCGACCCCAAUCGGGGCAACAACAGGCUCCGUGGUAUCAGAAAUUCAGCGACCCGGAUGGAUAUGAUACUGGACAUGGAACUGAUUACGAUGACGGAUCAGCUCCACCGCCGAGACCAAGAGGAAGAAGGCCACCUGGAGGAAGAGGAAGACGUCCUCCAUCACCGAUGGCACCAGUUAGAGUUUCAGUUGGGAAAGGAGAAUAUCUUGUUCAUAAUGAAGAAGGAGGACAUUUUGAUGAUGGAGGAGAAGGUACUAAAGCUGAAUCAGAUGAUUCGGAAGGCACUGUCCGGACAGAAGAAGGGAAGAAACCGAUUACGGUAACUGAGAAAACGAAAAUUGAAAUUGCUCUGAAAAAAGAAGAAACGAAGAAAGAAGACGGUGGAGAGUCAGAUGCUGAGGAGGUUACGAAAAAGCAAGAAAGAAGUGCUGAUGAAGGACAAAAACAUGGAGAAGUAGAUUUGGCUGAUCUCAAGAACGGUGGAGUUGUUCAUAAACUUCGCACAUCCGGAAAAGGAAAAACUGUUGAGGAGAAUGAAAAAGUAAAGGAAGAAGAGAAGGAAGAGGUUGGUUCAAAAAAGAAAAAAGGAAAGAAAGAAGAAGAAGAAGACGAAGAGAAUGAAGAGGAAGAAAAACCGAAAACAAAGAAAAAACAGAAAGGAUCAGGUAAAAAAGGAAAGGAAAAUGAGGAUGAUGGGGAUAAAAAGAAAGGAAAACAUAAUAAGAAAAAGGCAAAAGAUGAAGAAGAAGAAGACGACGAGAACGGAGAAUUGAAGAACAUUGAUGGAGAUGUGAGGAUUCAGAAAGCAGUAGAUGGAGAUACAGAUGAUCACGAAGAUGAGGAAGACGAAGAAGAAGAAGAGGACAACAAUUCAAAGAAAAAACAUGGAAGGAAGAGAACAAAAGGGAAAAAGAACGAAGAAGGUGAAGAGGACAGUGAGGAUUAUGAUGAAGAGGAUGAAGAAGAAGAUAACGACGACGAAGAUGAAGAUGGAGAAGAAGAAUCCAAGCAUACUCAUAUUAAGUCAGAAAUCAGAAAGUCGAAAGUACCUUGUACCACAGCACAACGACAUCAGAAUCCAGUUCAACAUCAUCAGAAUAUUCCUCCAACUCAAGUACCGUAUCCCCAUUCGGAUAAUCAUGGAUAUACACAUACAACUACUACAACAACCAGUACAGUGGCAUCGCAAUACACUGGAGAACAGAUGGGAGAUGAUUAUCAUGAAUUCGAGAAAAUGGAUUGUAAUGAAAAGCAGGAGGAAGAAUAUGAUUCAGAUGAGGAAAAUCAAUUAGAAGAAAAGAAGAAACAAAAGAAAAAGAAGAAAUCUAAGAAAAACAAUAAGAAGAAAGGAAAGAAGAAGAAGAGCAAAAAAGGUAAAGGUGGAAGAAGAAACCAGUUGAGUAAGGAUUAUCUUACUUCGAGGGAGAAAGUUGAUCAAAAUAAGAGGAAUCGAGGUCAUAUAUUAGAUGAACUGCAUGCUGAUGAAGACUUGAAGAAACUCAGAAAGGAUUCGAAACCUUCGGAACCUGGAAUAGAUUGUACCACUGCCGUUGAUGAAUUCCCAUUGAAAUGUGGUGCGUGGAAAUCUGCUGGAUUCUGUGACACAAAUCAAGCUACCCAAUUCCUAUGGUGUCGGAAAACAUGUCUCUGUUCAAUCACAACUGUUAGUACCACGGGAAGGUUGCCUAUUUCUGAAGAAUGA